AUGACGAGUGAGUAUUACGAGGCUGAGCGAGACCCUGUUACACUGCCUCGGCCGGGCACAAAGUUUCGUGUAAGUGUGGUGGAGGCGGUUAUCAAGGAAGUCUGCCACCAACUUGUUGGCGAGAACCGACCGUAUGUAUAUGAUGAGAUUCAACCUCUAAUUAAGGAUAUCUGUAGUGAGAUACAGCAGCGUGUUGUGCGGCUUGGUUAUGAACGAUACAAGCUUGUCACACAUGUUACAGUCUUAGAGGCUGCACACCAAGGAAUUCGCAUUGCGUCUCGUGGGCUUUGGGAUCCUGUUACAGAUGGAUAUGCCACGUACACGUAUUCUACUGAGACCAUGCACGUUAAUGUUAUUCUUUAUGGACUGUACUGGGAAUGA